CAGCUGGUCUCCAGCAUCUAUAGCUCAGCCCGUCCCGAGUAAAGUGUCGGCCGGCGGCUUUUCUCCCUCCCUUCCUCUCUCAGCUUUACUAACACUCCGAGGAAGAGUUAAUAACCGUUCACCCCGGGAACAUCAAUACACAAUGGAACAUAGCAUGAAAAAAACCCUGAGCUGGGAAACCAGGGAGCAGCUCAAAGAAAGGUUGGCCUUGCUGAAGAAAGAAUACGCAAAAACUGUCCAUAAGUUGCAGCGUGCGCAGAAAGCCGAACGGGUGCGAAAUCAUGUUAAAAGCACCAUUACUCAUCAGAAUCAAUUGUUGGAAGAGCAGACCAUAACUCAGUUCGAGACUGGUGAGGCCUCAUCAUUUUUGGAUACAAAUCAGUCAAGCACCUCACAUCAAAGAAGUCAAGUCCCAGUAGAAGAAAGUAAAGAGAGAAAAUCAGCAGUGACCUUUAAUCUUGAACCGGAAAUCAUAGAAGUCAUUAAUAGCCCAAAUGUGACUUUGACAAGUACAUUUGAAUUUGCUGAACAGCCUUCAGCAGAACCCUUCCCUUCCCCAGUUGUGGAAACGAUUCCCAUCACAAAUAUAGACAGUCAAGUUCACAGUCGCCUAAAACUGAAAAAAAAGAGGUCAUGUGAAGUACUGAGAAAGGAAGCAGCAAGUGAGCAGAAUGAAUCUCUGGCUGCUGAUGGAAAAUCCUGUGAUAAAGAAAUAGAGGAACUGAAUUCACCUGUUAACAAAGAGUCUGUAAGAUCUUCCAUCUUUAACAGAGGCAAAAAUGUCUCUAAAUCAGUAUGUGGAGGUGUAAAGGAGAAUGUGGAACAUAGAAUAUUCCUUGGUUCUCCUGAAGGUGAAGAACAUUUUGAAUUAUUAAAAAAUGGAGUACAAGAGGUGAAAGGCAAUUGUUUAACCUUACCUGUGAGCAGAACUGUGAAUGGCUCUGUUUACUGCAGUUCUGGUGAUAAGUCUACAAUAGUGUCUACUUGUGAAAAUAAAGCUUUCAGUCCUAGGGAAUUAAAGGUCCUAACUGAAGAUGCCCAACAACAGCAAGCAAAGCAAAACUGCUCUGAGGAUCUCACUGAAGCUUUGGAGAGCAAUCUUGCAAAAGAGUCAAUAAUGUUAGAUUCAGAUUGUCUGCAGGCAAGUACUGCUGUAGCUGAAGUUUCAGAAGAGACCUCACUGAACUCAUGUACACUUGUCGAGGGCCUUCUCUUCCCUGUUGAAUACUAUGUACGAACAACUCGACGCAUGACCAGCUGUCAGCGACAAGUGGAUCUGGAUGCAGUGAUUCACAGCCACUUGGGAAAGUGCAGAAAUGGUGGUAAAGGAAGAUAUAAGAAAUCCUCACAUGAACAGAGCAAUCCUGUAAAAGGCUUCCCCAAGGCUGAGGGAGAGCUCAACAACACAUUAUUACUUUUUAACAGUCAGGAGGAUGGUAUUGCUGGAUCUGAUGCAGCUUCUUCACAGCAGGACUCAAUAUACCCCUCGAAUAUUGACAUUGAUUCUCAGGAUAUUAAAUCAAAUCCUGAAAAAAGGAGAAACAGUAGUAGAGAAGAAUCUAUAAAAUCCAAGCUCACAGAUACUGAAGUGUUUAAAGAUGAGUUUGUAGCAUGGACUUUAAAUAACCCCAGAAUUCCUGAUGUUCAAUGUGCUAUGUCUUCUAAAGUUCAAAGCAAGAAAGAGAGCAAGGAGAAAGAAAGUAGUUCUUGUCAGCCAGUGACCGAUGCUAACAAAUUGUGUGGAAGUGCUGUAAAUAAGUUGGAUGAUCGUGUUUUUUCAAAUAUUACUGACUUUACUAUGAAGAGUGCCAGUCUGUCUCAAAAUGAUUCUGACCAUAUUGUGGAUUCACUACAGAACGCCGAAAGCCAGACCAGUGAUAUUUUAGUAGGGCCUUUCAAAGAGGAUUCAAUUGAUCCAUCAACAGUACAAGAGGACACUGCAUUGACUUUGUCAGAGCAUCAUUUAAACUUAAAUAGUGAUACUGACAGUCAGGAAUUGAUCCCAGAGACUCAGCAAGAUUCGUUUUUUAGCACAGCAAGGAAGAAGAGUUUCAGAGGUACAAAGCAGUCUUUUCCAUUGGGAAUUGAUUCAAAGACAGAAGAAUCUUUGUGCCAAGUGUCUCAGCCCAAAAGGAGAGUGAGGCUGACAAAAGGUAACUCUUAUCGCAAAACACGUGCCAUCUCUAGGAAGUUCAACACAGGACUUGACGAGGGAACCCUGACGUGUUCAGAACCAUUACUCCCUGUCAAAAAGCCUAUCAUCCAAAAGCUUUUUCACAGUCUGGAGGUCCAGGAUUUUGAUCUCCCUGAUGAGGAAUAUGGUCAACUUAAAGAGAAGUUAAGAGCAGAGACAUUGAAGAAAUCAUCUCAUCCUUCGCAGUACAAUAUGGUUAAUGGUGCUGUGGGAACACAGGUGAAAACUGAGAAUUGGGAUAUGGGAAAAUGUGACAGCCCACAUUCCCAGGACAUCAGUCAAGCUGUAGAAAACCUUGAAGAACACCUGCUACAAAAGAGUUUUGACUGUAAGGAACUGAACAGGACCCCAGAAAAACCAGCAUUAAAUGAUGUCGUUUGUCCUUAUGGUCAGAAAACUCCAAAACGUACACCUAACCAUAAAUUAUCUUCUAGUGUUCUGCUGUCAACACCUUCCUGUACUUCACAGUCAGGGCGGAUCCACCAGUGUGAACAAGGUGCAAUUAGCCCUGUUUUUCCUUCGCUUGGUUUAACUCCUGCAUUUAGUUCUCCAACCCUUUCUCAAAUCAGCUGUGGAAACCAGAACACAUCCCAAAUUGGCACACUACCACACACAUGUAAAGAUGUUAAGAAUAAUAGCAACUGUGAUGAAGAGUUACAAACAUCUGGUGAAGGAGAGGUGCCAUUAACAAAUGAAAAAGGCACUCCAUCUGCAAGGGAAUAUUUAGGAAAGGAAGAACAACCUGCAGAGUGCUGCCAUGUCAAUCAGUCAGAGAUGGUGAAUGAGGAUAAUGCUGUGGAAUAUAUUGAAGAGGAGAAUAAUGAUGCAUUGACUCCUCCGCUUGGCAACCGGUUACAGCAAAAGCCAGAGAGGCAAACAUUGCACCUAAUUUCCAAGAUACAGAAUCCAUCAACCUCCUGUAUUAUUGACUUAUGUACAGUAUUUUGGAUGGUGAAAGAGGCUAAAACAUUAUGCAUUGCCUGUGCUUGUGAAACAGCAGUGUUCUUGUGGGCCCCACAGCAGCUAAGCCAGUGGACUAAUAUCCAUAUGUGGGUCUUUGAUAAAGUUCCAAUAAUUGAACUCAUCCCCAUUCCAGAUGCUGUGAACAUCCUGUGUGUGGCCUUUGGAAAUCUGGAGAUAAGAGAAGUCAAAGUAUUGCACUCUGUGGAGAGAAACUGCUUGGAACACACCCUGCUGCAGACAGGAGAUAUAAAUGCGUUGCUUGGGUUGCCUGGAAGGAGGCUGGUCUGCUCUUGUGGCACACUUCAAAGUCAGCACAUAGAAUUGAACAUCCUAUCCAAAGAAGGAAGGCGUGAACAAUGUAUGCAAUUGGUUCCACCCAAUGAGAUGGUGCUAGCUUUCAGUGAAGUCAAAGGAGAGGCAGAAGCUUUGAUUGGAUCGACAAUAAUGAGCAAUAUUGUCAUUUGGAACUUAAAGACUGGACAUCUUCUGAAGAAAAUCCAUUUAAGUGAAAGCUACCCGGGCACUGUCUGCCAGAAGGCCUAUUCAGAGUCUGGCAUAUUGUUCGUACUCUUCAGUCAUCGGUAUGUUGGCAAUUGUGAUGGAUCUGGUGGAAAUAGAGUCUGUGUUUUAAGAAUGGUUGGUGUCAAUCCUAUGAAUGGUAAAAGUAGACCUGUCAUGUCCUAUAUGCUUCCACUGGAAUGCCACGGAAGGUACCUUGUCGGAGGUGUGAAAGAUCAGUCCAUUGCAGCAAUUGUAACCCCUGGAACCCUGAUUCUUUGGGAUGUACUUUCUGGCCACAUCACGACCAUUCUACACCAUGGCCCCAAUGCAUACUGGUCACUUUUCCACUGGGCAGAAGCCAAUUCCUGCCUCCUGGCCAGAAAGAAUGACCAAACUGUAUAUAUCUAUAAAUAUGUGGGAACUGGAAUGGAUCAAGUAUGAUGGUAUUACUGCAUCAAGACAGAUGCAAGAAAAGCAGCUUCUGCAUCUAUUUAUUUAUUUGAAAUCUUUUACCUAAUCAGUUGAAUGAAAGCACCAAAUAAUAUGUUUUUAGGACAAAACAUUGCAGUGUGAAGAAGACUACUUUUGUUUGCUGUGUACUAUGUAAAGUUGUAUUACAAUUUAGAUUGAUGUACUGAACUGUUGUAUAGUGUCUGUUAUUGCUGUCAGGGAAAGCCAGAUUUGAAAUCAGGACUGGCCAAUUUCAGCAAAAUGUUCGGAGGAUACUUAGUGUACGAUAUAGAAAAUCCCCUUUAGGUGAGUAAUAGACACCAUUUUUCUUUCCAAAUGUACUGUCUAGGUAAUUUGAGAUAAGUAUUGUGAACUUCCUGUGUCAUAAUUUUACAUUGAAGGGAUCAUUCUUACUCAGUUUCACAAAUGGUUUUUCUUUGUUAACAGAGUUCAGUCCUGAAAAUAUCAGAUGGAAACAUCUGCAUUAUCUUCACAUGUUAAAAACCAUUAUAGUUAAUUUGGGAUUUACAGCUUGAAACGAGUAAGGGGAUAUCACCAUAUAUUUUGUUUUGAUCAUUUGAGUGUAAAAGUAUGAGUAAGAACAGUAGUACCAUCACAGCUGUUUACUAAUAAUGAAAGAUAGAUGACCAAUCAGUUCUGUGUUCCAGCUCACAAGCUGUCUUCAUUCACGUGGCCAGCCUCCUUCAAUUGUGCAGCUGUCUAUGAACAGGUAUUGUUGAUCAGGGUAAAGUUGUAUGUUGACAGCAUCAUUGCAAGGGGCAUCAUUUAAUAUUGUCCCAAGAAAUGGUGAGUAGAGUGGCUAGAAAACAUCCUUGCUUCCUCUCAGUAUUAGAAAGUUAAUUAUCACCAGUCACAACUUACUAGUAGAGCAGCAUUUGUCAAGGCAUCAAGAACUCUAGCUCACUUAAUCAAAUAUGAACUGUCCACAGAACAAUCAAUAUGAAUAUAAGAACAGAUAGAAAUAUUGCAUGCGAGAAUAUAAGCAAGUACUUACCUGCAGUGAUUGAAGACACACCAGCCUAAAAAACUAGAUAUGAAGAAUAUUGUUGACAAGACUGACAAUUCAAACAAGUUGGAAAUAUGUUGUAGAUAGUUUGGGAUUUUCAAGCAGUUUGCAUUUAUUGAGAAUUGUCAUAACAUCUGCAGUGAUGUAUGAUUGGACAAUUCCAUUUGCAGUCCCCUGAAUUAAUACUUUAAGAGGGUGGAUGGAGAGGUACCAGCUUUUGCUCAGGCAGUGGCUGUUGGAAGAAUGAUAAAAGAAGAAUCUGGGCCCAUUCCACGCUGCUGGUUGUAACAGUCAGAGCUAAGUUAGUUGUAGGUUCAAGUCCACUGCAGAAACCUGAGCUCAGAAAUCUGUGCCAAUACUUGAGGGCUCUACUGAAGGAAUGUUGACUUUUGCAUGAGGUUUGAAACCAAGAACCUAAAUACUUUAUUAUGCAGAAAUAAAAGAUCCAAGAUUUGAUCUAUUAUAAAUUUUUGAUUGGAAGUGAGACCCAGCAUGGAGAGAAUUAAAAAAUGAAAAGUGUAAAAGCACUAAUGAUAAAGAAUAAUAAAGAGUAAUUAUAAUUAAAGCUAAUGAUAUUGUACAUAU